UCGCAAACUUGCUGGACGUCUCCAACAUGUGUACUUAGGGUGCAAAACAGCACACAAGUAUCACUUGCCCUAAAAGUAAUCACCUUCCUAAGAGUACGAUUCGCGGUUCGAAGCGGGGGCCAUUCCCCCAACCCAGGCUGGGCUAGUAUCGAUAAAGGGAUUUUGAUCGACCUUCAAGACAUGAAUCAAAUCAGCGUCAGUGGCGAUCGCGGAAUUGCAAGAAUCGGACCUGGCGCUCGUUGGGGUGAAGUAUAUCAAUUCCUGGAUCGGUAUAAUGUAACAGUAAUCGGAGGUCGAGUGCCUGAGGUCGGCGUUGGUGGGCUGAUGCUAGGAGGGGGACUUUCCUACUUCACUGGGGAGUAUGGGCUUGCAGUCGACAAUAUUGAGAGCAUUGAGGUUGUCCUUGCAGAUGGGAACAUCAUUGUUGCAAGUCGUUCAUCGCAAAGUGACCUCUUCUGGGCUUUGAAAGGUGGAGGGCCAAACUUUGGUAUCGUGACACGAUAUAAUCUCCGUACAGUACCGGUAAAGAAUAUUUGGUACCAGAUGAUGGUCUAUAGCACUGAAAAGGCACCCGAAUUACUGGAUGCAUUUGCAGAGUGGCAGAAAUUACCAGAUACUAAAGGCUCGAUAGCCAUGGUCGCGACUCUCACUUCAGUUAUAGUUGGCUUGGUUUACAUUGAGCCCGUGGAGAGGCCGAAAGUGUUUCAGGGUAUCUACGAUAUUGAGCCUCUUGCUGUACCAGUUCCCUCAACUAUAGGUACAGUUUUGGAUUUGAGCCAGAUAUCGAGUGCUGAUAUGUCAAAACCUGCAAGUCUCUUCAGGCACGAUUAUCGGGGCGUCAGCAGCAGAGUCGACGCAGACCUAUAUAAAUCCACCUUUCGGUUCUGGAAGCAUCAGGCCACUACAAUACGCGAGGCCACGGGUGCUAACAUGACAUUUGUACUUCAACAUGUUCCGAAAAACGUGGUUGAUAAAGGAAUAGAGAAUGGCGGCAAUGCACUUGGUCUAGAACCUACUACCCAGCAGUGGUGGACAACACUUAUCGAUUGGGAUGACCCAGCUGAUGAUGACAUCGUUAGAGAAGCCGCAAUUGCCGUCAGCGAGAAAUGGGUCGAAAUCAGUGAAACCAACGGCUCGAACCUUGAUUUCAUAUAUAUGAAUGAUGCCUCCCGAGAUCAAGAUCCAUUAGGCACGUAUUCAAAGGACAGCAUUCAGAAAUUACAGAGAGUCGCGAAACAUUACGAUCCGUCCGGGAUUUUCCAGACACUUCAGAACCAUGGAUUCUUAUUGUCUGCUUCUGUUCCCAAGGAUUAA